AUGACACACGUUUCGAUAGUUACCGGUGCUUCGAGAGGAAUUGGUAAAGCAAUCGUUGAUACUCUUUUGCAAACACCAGAGGCAAAAGUUGUUGCCAUAGCCAGGUCUCAAGACGCCCUUCAAUCCUUGAAAGAUCAAUACGGCCAAGAUAGUUUCGACUUUGUCGCAGGUGAUGUGACUGAUGCUACUACCAUACAAAAGGCAAUUGACAUUGCUGUUACUCAAUUUGGUCAAAUAGAUUCGAUUAUCGCCAAUGCUGGUGUUUUAGAUCCUGUCGGUACCAUCAACACCACAUCAAUCGAGGAUUGGAAAAAAUUGUAUGAUGUUAACUUGUUUUCAAUUGUACAAUUGAUUCAACUCAGUUUACCUGAGUUGAAACGUACAAAGGGUAAUGUCGUUGCUGUAAGUUCAGGAGCAGCCACUAAAGCUUAUAGUGGGUGGUAUGCAUACGGAAGUUCAAAAGCUGCCUUAAACCACCUCAUUUUUUCUUUAGCAGAAGAAGAGCCUGCAAUACAGGCGAUCUCAAUUGCUCCUGGAGUUGUUGAUACGGAGAUGCAACAGGAUAUUAGAGAAAAGUUUGGCUCCAACAUGAGCAAAGAAGGAUUGCAAAGGUUUAUUGACUUACACGAGAAGAAGCAAUUGUUAUCUCCAGAAGAGCCGGGCAGAGUAUUUGCCAACUUGUCAUUAAAAGGUUGGCCAGCAGACUUGAAUGGACAAUUUCUUCGAUACAAUGAUCCCAAACUUGAAUCUUACAAGUAG